AUGACGAAGAUAACAUCAGCCGGAGUUUCGGCUUUGCGAAGCCUUAUGAAUGACACGACCCGUGAUCCUGUGAGAAAUGCUGCAGGUGUCGUCUUUGUGGCAGUCAAUAAGCAAGGUGAAGCAAUCUUUGAACAUGCUUCGGGGACCUCUGGAUUGGGCAUAGAUGUCCCAAUGACUACCGAGCACUCAUUUUGGAUUGCUAGUUGCACCAAGAUGAUCACGGGAAUUGCUUGUAUGCAGCUUGUUGAGCAAGGUCUCUUGACUCUGGACGAUGUUGAACUCAUGGAAAAGCUCUGUCCUGAGCUCAAGGAAGUAAAGGUCAUUCAAGGCAAAGAAUUGAUCCCUAAGAAGCGAGGUAUCACUUUACGCAUGCUUCUCUCUCACACGGCCGGUUUUGGUUAUUCUUUUUUCGACAAGCGCCUGAACGAUUUUUAUGGCGCCGUAGGAUUGAACGAGUUUUCUGGACUAAAGCACGAUUAUCUAUCCCAGCCUCUCGUCAAUCAGCCUGGUGAGGUGUGGGAGUAUGGAAUCAACAUCGAUUGGGCAGGUAUAUGUGUCGAACGAGUCUCUGGAAUGUGCCUCAAUGAUUAUUUCCAAAAGUACAUCUUUGAACCAAUAGGAAUCACGCACAUCAACAUGUUUCCCACCGCGGACAUGAUGAAGAAGAUUGCAUAUAUGCACUCUCGCGACCUACACACAGGAGAUCUUAAGCUCGCCAUCGACGGCCACCUCAACCACGCCCCCCUCGCUGCCACAACACAGGUCGAAAAGGACGCCAUAUUUCAACAGGGAGGAGCAGGUUGCUUUGCGCGCCCUAAUCAAUACGCUCAGGUCAUCAGCGUGCUAUUGAAUGAUGGCGUCCACGCCCCGACAAACACAAGACUGCUCAAAAAAGAAACCGUAGAGGCCAUGUUUACAAACCAAAUCCCAGAGUUCCCAAAUUUCGCAAGACAAGGUAUUCUACCACCCAAGCCAGAGUACUCAAAUGCGCUGCCUGAACUAUACCCAGAGGCGCAUGAUAUUCCCCAAGGGUGGGGUCUUACAUUCUUCCUACACCUGAGGGACAGUGCAGUGCACAGCAAAGGUACGGCAUGGUGGGCCGGCCUACCCAACCUGUUCUGGUGGGCUGAUCGCAAUAGGGGUGUUGGAGGAAUGAUCGCAACACAGAUCCUCCCUUUCGGCGACCCUAAAGUGUUGGGACUGUGGGCAACAAUGGAGGCAACCAUCAAUGCGAACCUCGAAAGUGGGGGAAAUUAG